GGUGUCGCGAAUAGUCGCUGCAGCGGAUUAGGGAAAAGAUCCUUCACGGCCCGACAGAAAGCUUACACACACCGAACUUUCGACCUUAAGCUACAGAUAGCUUAAACGAUGAGUGGAGCCACGAAUUUCAAAAACUGCGGCUCUGUGUUGAUAACGGGAGCCAGCCGUGGGCUGGGGCUGCAGAUUGUCGACAGUCUGGCGAGGGGAAGUUUCUCACCCGGCAAGAUUAUAGCCACGGCCAGAAACCCAGACGCUGCGCAGAAACUUCAGGAACUGGCAGAGAAGCAUCCCAACAUCCGCAUUGUAGCUUUAGAUGUCGUGAGUCAGGAGAGUAUAGACAAGUGUGCAGAGGAGGUGGGACAGCUGGUACAAGAAGAUGGUCUGAACUGUCUGAUCAACAAUGCAGGGAUCAACGUGGUGGCUGACUUCCAUUCUGUUACUGCAGAGAAGAUGAUAGAAAACUUCCACACAAAUUCUGUUGCUCCUCUAAUGAUCACCAAGACGUUUCUGCCGCUGCUGAAGCAAGCUGCAUCCAGAGGAGGAAGUGGCUCAGGUGCUAUGGGAAUCCGGAGGGCAGCAGUCAUUAAUAUGACCUCCCUGCUGGGCUCUGUGGAGCUCACCUGGGGUGAGAGGGCCAACAACUUCAAGUGGUACCCCUACAGGACAUCCAAGAGUGCCCUGAACAUGGUUAGUCGCUGUAUGGCAGUGGACCUGGAACCUGAUGGGAUUCUCUGUAUGGCUAUCCACCCUGGGUGGGUCCGCACUGACAUGGGGGGUUCAGAGGCUCCACUGAGUGCUGAUGAGAGCAUUUCUUCUGUCUUAUCCGUUAUUGGUGGACUGACUGAAAAGGAUCAUGGGUCAUUUCUGAACUUUACAGGGGAGCAGUUGCCAUGGUGACCUGGUCAUCAUCGCAGUAAUAAGUAAGAUGCCCAAGGCUGUUCAUAUGAAUGUGUCAGCCAGAGGUUAACUUAUUUUACCUAAAUAACUUGUUCUUAAGAAAUUACUUUAAAUUAAGUAGAUAAACAACGGGGUGCAGCUUAUUUAUACAAACUAAAUAGGAAGCACUUUUAGUUCUUCAGUUCCAUUAUGUUUGCCUUCUGCUGCUUAAAGCCAGAGAAAAGGCUUUAAACGCAAUGUUAGUAAUCAGCAUUUGAGGUAUUAAAGUGUUAAAAGGUUUCUGUCCAUCACUGGAAUGACUUAAAGAGAUAUUUUGGUUCAGUCUGCUGUUAAAAAAGCCUUGAUCGUUUAUUGCUGAAGCUUUUGCGUAUUAGUUGAGGAAGGAACAUGUUGUGUUUUUAAACCUCAUUCUUUCCUGUACAUUUCAAAGAAACUUUAAAAUGCAUUCACAUUUUUAUUCUCAUGUUUCUGAGGACAAAAAUCAGAUUUAUAUCAUUCAAAAUGACCUCAAACUGACAAUUAUUAGAGCUAAGAAACAUCACAGAUGUUUUUUUUUAACUCUUAAGCCAGUUUGAAUGUUGAGUGCAGUGAACUGAAUGUAGUGAUGCUCUGAUAUCUGCAUUUCUGGAAUUUUACAAUGUAAACCACAAAUUAUGAUUAUAAUAUAAUCUGUUCACAGUGUAUAAAAUGUACUGGUUUAUUAUAGCUGUUUAUUUAUUGGUUGCUGUUUAAAUAAUUGCUUUUAGCAAUGUUGUUGUGAAGCAUUAAUA